CCUUGCCACCUCCCCAGGUCUGAUGGUGAAGGAGCCAGGAAUCUUCUCCCUGGUGGCCCCAGGGGAGAACGUGAAAUUCCCUCGCUCUCCGCUGAGAUUGGCAGCUAAGGCCGGAUCCCCUGGGACGCUUUGGAGGAAGCUGCACAGGCCCCACCAUCGGAUCCCAGGAGCUGCCCCGGCCGGCCGAUAUGGAGGGGGUGGCUGGGAAUGCCCCCUCUGAACGCUUUGAGGCUAAUAUGCUUGCCCAGAGCUGCUGUCAAAACUGCUUCCACCCUGAGGAGGCCCACAGAGCAAGACACCAGGAACCUGGGAGCCCUCCAAGCACUGAGGCGCCCUACUGCGACCUGCCCCGCUGCCACCUGCCUGCCCCUGAGGAUCCACUCCGUGCCUCAACCCACGGCUGCCUGUCCGAGAGGGGCCCAUCAGCAGGGCUCCCUGCUGAGGGCCUCACAGCUGCCCCCAGGAGCCGGGAACCCGAGGCAGUACCCUACCUGGAGGGCCUGGCCGCCUCCCCGUGUAGCAGCUUCAACGAGAACCUUGACUCUGGUGCCAGCUCCAGCCCUGACGGUGACGCCCCUGAUGAUACCAGCAACUCGUCCUCCGUGGACUGGGACACUGUUGAGAGGCAGGAGGAGGCCCCCAGUGGGGACAAGUUCGCUGUGAUGAUCCCACGGAAGCCCCAGGAGGGGCCAAGAGCAGAUGGUGCUCGAAGGGCUCCUCCUCUCGUCACCCGGUCCCCUGUGGGAGGAGACACUGCAGGCCAGAGAAAGGAGGGCACCGGCGGUGGCGGGGGCCGAAGCGCUGGCCAGCACUGGGCGAAGCUCCGGGGAGAGAGUGGGUACUUCUCCUUGGAGCGGCACCGGCCAGCGGGGACCCAGGCCUCUCCCUCGGCACAGAGCGGACCUCGAAGUGCCACUCCCCAGGCUUCCCCUCUCCAUCACUCUGCCCAAAGGGAUGUGGCCCAGACCGCUUCCACACAGCUCCAUAUCCCCCGAGCCUCCUCGCCCCCGGGAAUCGCCCCACGGGAUAACCUCAGAGCCUCGUCCACACAGCAGAACACCCUCAGAGCGUCCUCUCCCUCGAGAAUCACCCCAAGGGACAGCUCCAGGACCUCGUCCACCCCGCAGGACACCCCGAGAGCAUCCUCUCCCUCGAGAAUCACCCCAAGGGAUGCCCCCAGGACCUCGUCCACCCCACAGGACACCCCCAGGACCUCACCCGCGCUGCGAAACACCCCCAGAGUGUCCUCUCCCUCAAGAGUCGCCCAAAGGGACACCCCCAGGACCUCGUCUACGCAGCAGAUCACCCCCAGAUCAUCCUCUCCUUCAAGAGUCACCCAACGGGACACCUCCAGGACCAUGUCCACGCAGCAGAUCACCCCCAGAGCAUCCUCUCCUUCAAGAGUCACCCAAAGGGACACCGCCAGGACCUCAUCGACCCCACAGGACACCCCCAGAUCAUCCUCCCCCUCAAGAAUCACCCAACGGGACACCUCCAGGACCACGUCCACGCAACGAAAUCAUCCUCAAGUUUCUUCUCCCCCCAGAGCCACCCAACACGACAAUUCCAGAACCUCCUCUACCCCCCAGGACAACCCUCGAACCCCUCUUCCUACGUGUGCUCCCCAGCGGGGCCGCCCCAGAACUUCUUGCAUUCAGCAGGACACCCUCAGAACCUCUUGUACCCAACGGGACAACCCCAAAUCCUCUUCCUCGCGGCGGGAAAAUCCUGGAAGCUCCUCCUCUCAGGGCUGCACCCAACAGGACCACCCCGGGCCUUCCUCUCCCCAUCGCUCUGCUCAGCGGAACAAUCCCAGGAGCUCCUCUCCUCAUCGAACCAACAAAGACAUUCCCUGGGCCUCUUUUCGCCUCCGGCCAACCCAGAGUGAUGGCCCCCGAACCUCGUCGCCAUCCCGCUCCAAGCAAAGCGAGGUUCCCUGGGCAUCCAUUGCCCUCCGGCCAACCCAAGGUGACAGAUCUCAGACCUCGUCUCCCAUCAGACCAGCUCAGCGAGACCCGCCCCAGCCCUCCUCCAGCCCUAUCCGGGCCAGUUCCUGCUCCCCAAACCCAGGCCACCACAGUGCCUCCUGGACCUCCUCGCCUCUGCACCCUGCCCCCCGUGCUGCGCCCUCUUCUGAGCCCUCCCAGCCACCAUGUGCUGUGUGCAUCGGGCACCGCGAUGCCCCUCGAGCCUCCUCGCCACCUCGUUAUUUGCAGCAUGACCCCUUUCCCUUCUUCCCGGAACCCCAUGCCUCUGAGACUGAAUUGCCCCAUCAUGAUCCGCCCUAUAUGCCCCCAGCCGUGUGCAUUGGACACCGAGACGCCCCCCGGGCCUCCUCCCCGCCUCGCCACACCCAGUUUGACCCCUUCCCCUUCCUCCCAGGCACAUCAGAGGCUGAGAACCAGUCCCCCCAGCAUGACCCUCCUCAGUUCCCCCCACCUGUGUGUAUCGGGUACCGCGAUGCACCCCGGGCCUCCUCCCCACCGCGCCAAACCCCGGAGCCCUCCCUUUUGUUCCAGGAUCUCCCCAGGGCCAGCACCGAGAGCCUCGUCCCCUCCACAGACUCUCUGCACGAGCCCCCCCACAUCCCGCCCCCUGUGUGCAUCGGGCACCGCGAUGCGCCCUCCUUCUCGUCUCCCCCGCGCCAGGCCCCCGAGCCCUCCCUCUUCUUCCAGGAUCCCCCUGGGGCCAGUAUGGAGAGCCUGGCCCCCUCCACCGACUCUCUGCAUGGCUCCCCGGUGCUGCCCCCUCAGGUGUGCAUCGGCCACCGGGAUGCCCCUCGAGCCUCUUCCCCACCCCGCCACCCACCCAGUGACCUAAGGCUCCUGGCGCCCUCCCCUCCGCCAGGCAGCUCGGGGGGCUCCCGGGGCUCAGCACCCCCGGGAGAGACCAGGCACAACCUGGAGAGGGAGGAGUACACCGUGCUGGCCGACCUGCCCCCGCCCAGGAGGCUGGUGCAGAGGGAGCCAGGGCCCCAGGGCAGCAACGGGGGCCGCACCCGCAGCCCUGGCCGCGCAGAGGUGGACCGCCUCUUCGGGCAAGAGCGCAGGAGGUCCGAGGCACCAGGGGCCUUCCAGGCCCGGGACGAGGGGCGGUCGCAGCGGCCCAGCCAAGAUCAGAGCCAACUUCUCCGAAGACAAUCCAGCCCUGCCCUCAGCAGGGAGGUAAUCAAGCCCCUGGCGCAGCAGGCAGAACCGGCCCGCCGGAGCCGAGCAGAGGCCCCCCGUCCCAGGAGCCCCGAGAGGCGGCCGGAGGGGGACCGGCAGCUCCGGGGAUCCUCGCCGCCCCCAAGGACGUCAGCCAGGACCCCUGAGAGGGAGCAGCGGACAGAGAGACAUCUGCAGAGCAGCCGGGCAGCCCCAAGACAGCCUCCCGGAGGGUGCCAGAGUCAGGAGGCACCACCAGGACCCUGGGGCCUGCACCGACACCUGGAGGAGGGCCUGGGCCCGGGGCGCUGGCUAGGAUUUGGGGUGCCCAGCCGGGGGGCUGCCGGAGCCCCAGAGGGAGCAUGGCAGGGCCCUCCCAGGGAGUCUGAGGAGAGCUGGAGGCUGCUGGGCAGCCCCGCCUUUCACUGGGGGCGGUCAGAGGCCUGGGAGGAGCCCCCCAGUAAUGGGCUACAGGAGCCCCCUGACAGGCCGGCUCAGAGGGGCUGGGGCAGCCUGCAGGAGCUGUCCGGUCCUCAGCAACCUGUGAGCUCCCCGGAGAACUCCGGGACAGGGGUGGCAGAAUUCGCAAAAUCCCAGAGGUCUGAGACACCCCCUGCUGCCAGCUGGGGGGUGGAGGGAACCUGCCCACACCUGCAUGGCCCCGAGCAGCCGCCCGAGCUUGACUGGAGGGACCUGGUGAGUCUUCUCGGGGCACCCAGAGAGAGGGCCUGGACCCACUUGGAGGAGCCAGCGCUCCCCUGCCAUCUUCCCAGGCUGGACUGGGAGGGCCUCCUGGAGCUCCUGCGGGCCCAGCUGCCCCACAAGGACUCGCCUGGACCCUGGGCUGGCCCAGGCACCACUUCUCCAGGCACGAAGGUUACCCUGGAGCUGGAGCCAGAGCCACACCGCCAGCCUGAAGGAGAGGCAGGGGCUACCCUCAUCAAUGGAUACAGCCCCGGGCAGUGGGCCCAGGGCUCCAGCCAGGCACCCGGCCUCCCCAGCACCUCCACCCAGUGGCCAAAGACCAAAGUGACAAGCGGACCAGAGACCUCACCGACGGCUGGUCUGGAGGAGAGGGACCAGCUGGGGAGCAGGAGCCCGGCAGAGGGCCCCAGCCCACCCCAGUGGGAGUUCCAAUCAAAGGCGCCUGAGGAGUCAGAACGAAGCAGAAGCCAAGACUCCCCGACUGACCAGAAGCAGGCAGACUCGGCAGACAAGAGGCCAGCAGAGGGCAAGGCCGGGAGCCCGCUCAAGGGCCGACUGGUGACCUCAUGGCGGAUGCCCGGGGACCGUCCCACGCUGUUCAAUCCGUUCCUGCUGUCUCUGGGGGUCCUCAGGUGGCAAAGGCCCGAUCUGCUCAACUUCAAGAAGGGAUGGAUGUCGAUCUUGGACGAGCCUGGAGAGUGGAAGAAGCACUGGUUUGUGCUGACUGAUUCAAGCCUCAAGUACUACAGGGAUUCCACUGCUGAGGAGGCGGAUGAGCUGGAUGGCGAGAUCGACCUGCGCUCUUGCACCGAUGUCACUGAGUUCGCCGUGCAGCGCAACUAUGGCUUCCAGAUCCACACCAAAGACGCUGUCUAUACCCUGUCGGCCAUGACCUCGGGCAUCCGGAGGAACUGGAUCGAGGCUCUGAGGAAGACUGUGCGUCCAACCUCAGCCCCAGAUGUCACCAAGCUCUCGGACUGCAAUAAGGAGAACACGCUGCAAGGCCACGGCACCCUGAAGGGCUCCCUGAAGGCGGGGGAGCAGCGGGUGGGCUCCGAGGUCAUUGGCCGGGGCGGCCCCCGGAAGGCGGAUGGGCAGCGGCAGUCGCUGGACUACGUGGAGCUCUCCCCGCUGACUCAGGGCUCCCCGCAGCGGGCCCGCACCCCGGCCCGCGCUCUCGACCGCCCGGCCAAGCAGGAGGAGCUGGAGCGGGACCUGGCCCAGCGCUCCGAGGAGCGACGCAAGUGGUUCGAGGCCACGGAUGGCAGGGCCACGGAGACACCGGCCGGCGAGGGUCCGCGCCGGGGCCUGGGCGCCCCCCUGACCGAGGACCAGCAGAGCCGGCUGAGUGAGGAGAUCGAGAAGAAGUGGCAGGAACUGGAGAAGCUGCCCCUGCGGGAGAAUAAGCGGGUGCCUCUCACUGCCCUGCUCAACCAAGGCCGUGGGGAGCGCCGAGGGCCCCCCGGCGACAGCCACGAGGCACUGGAGAAGGAGGUCCAGUCCCUUCGAGCCCAGCUGGAGGCGUGGCGUCUCCAAGGGGAGGCUCCCCAAGGUGCACCCAAGUCCCAGGAGGACGGCCGCGUCCCCCCAGGCUACAUCUCACAGGAGGCGUGCGAGCGCAGCCUGGCCGAGAUGGAGUCCUCGCACCAGCAGGUGAUGGAGGAGCUGCAGCGGCACCACGAGCGGGAGCUGCAGCGGCUACAGCAGGAGAAGGAGUGGCUCCUGGCCGAGGAGACAGCAGCCACAGCCUCAGCCAUCGAAGCCAUGAAGAAGGCCUACCAGGAGGAGCUGAGCCGGGAGCUGAGCAAGACUCGGAGUCUCCAGCUGGGCCCAGACGGCCUCCGGAAGCAGCACCAGUCGGACGUGGAGGCGCUGAAGCGGGAGCUGCAGGUGCUCUCAGAGCAGUACUCGCAGAAGUGCCUGGAGAUCGGGGCCCUAACGCGGCAGGCGGAGGAGCGCGAGCACACGCUGCGGCGCUGCCAGCAGGAGGGCCAGGAGCUGCUGCGCCACAACCAGGAGCUGCACACCCGCCUGUCCGAGGAGAUUGACCGGCUGCGCGGCUUCAUCGCCUCACAGGGCCCGGGCAGCGGCUGCGGGCGCGGCAGCGAGCGGAGCUCCUGUGAGCUGGAGGUUCUGCUGCGAGUGAAGGAGAACGAGCUGCAGUACCUGAAGAAGGAGGUGCAGUGCCUCCGGGAUGAGCUCCAGAUGAUGCAGAAGGACAAGCGCUUCACCUCGGGGAAGUACCAAGACGUGUAUGUGGAGCUGAACCACAUCAAGACGCGGUCGGAGCGGGAGAUCGAGCAGCUGAAGGAGCACCUGCGCCUCGCCAUGGCGGCCCUGCAGGAGAAGGAGGCCGUGCGCAACAGCCUGGCCGAGUAGAGGUCCUCACGGUCCAGCCCUGCUGCAGACCCCCAGCCCAAGGGGACCAGUUACCCUCCUUCCCUGCUGGAUGGACGUCGGAAGCCAAGCUUUCUCCCCACCCCCUGUGGGCUGCACAUGCACUCACACACCUACCACACACACACACACACACACACACACACACAUGCACACACACACACACACACACACACUCCCUCUGCGUAUCUGAGCGCGCCCCUAGCACUGGGUCUUACCUUGCACCUUCUUCAGGAUUUUAUAUGUGAAGAGAUUUUUAUAUAGAUUUUUUUCCUUCCCUUCCCCCCCCCCGAAACACUUUAUACUUUUUAAAAAGCAAUCCCGGGUGGCUUAUGCCUCCAACACUGGCUCCCCCUCUGUCUCCAGCUGCCUGCUUGGGCUUCUGGGCCCAUGGCUCCAUCCUGGGGUCUGGCAGCCACCAUGGCAGGGCGGACUCUGGUGGGAGAGGCAGGGAGCCCACCACCCUCUUCCCACCCUACCUCCCACUAACUACUUCCUGCCCUGGGGGGACCCACUCCCUGGGACUCUGGACCGAGGGACAGAUGGGCAGAGGGAGCCAGCAGCUGUCCCCACAGCCCCACCUCCUCUGAGGGGUGCCGGGCACAGAUCUGCUGGAGCCGCCCCAAGCAGGCAUUUCUCUCCUGCUCCAUGAGCCUUCUUAACUUAAUAAAAUGUUCCAGCAGCCA